AUGUAUCCAGCUCCCCAAUUCGUCACAAACACGUUUGAAUCGAGCAAUUGCUCACUCUUUGACUACACAGUUGAAGCAUCACGCCUUGAGUCGAACCAGCCACGAUUAUACUACAUAGGACACAUGCAUAGGGUAUUUGCUGACUGUAGAAUACUGAAAGAGAGACUCAGGGCAGUUACGGGUGAUAAUGAAGAAGAUUUCGAGGAAGCAGCCAGUGAAUUCGGCCCAAUCUUCAACUACGCCACUUCCCUGAUGAGGCAGUUUGAGUCUGCUACUGGAAACAAGGAUGAUCAGCUCCUUAAGAAAAUAAAGAGGGAAUUCAGCAGCACCAAGAGGGGAAUUGAGGAUGCGUACGCAGACUGCGUCUCGCGCCUCUACAGAAACUGCCCCAGAAACGCCAUCAAAUGCGUUUACUCAAAAGACGGUGGAUUCAGGGUAGAGCACAAGUAG